AUGUCGCUGAACUCAUCUGCUUUCUGUAUUUUCUUUGUUCCAGUGAGUGAAGGUUUGAAUGGGACUCUGUUCCCUGAAAAGGUUUGGUCUGAGGAGAAGAAGUGGCUGCUGGUGGCUGUGUUGGGUGUAGAAAUGAUCGUGGGAGUUGUUGGAAACAGUGUCGUUCUGAUCAUCAAGGUCAUGUGCAGAGGUCAGUUCUGCUGCCAUUACUGGCUUCCAUUCAUCAGUCUCACCAUGUCAGAUCUAGGAUGUUCACUUCUGAUCAUGUCUGGAUCCAUGAUGGCCGCCCUGACAGAAGGACAGGCGUCUCCAUGGUGUGAAGUCGUCAGCUUGCUGAAGUUUGCCUUCAUCACCUCAUCCAUAGGCAGCAUAGCUAUUCUCAGUGCGCAGCGUCUGAUUGGUGCGUCGUCCACAGGAAGUGCUGUGCUUGGUUUCAUAGCAGCAGCUUGUUUGACUUCCUGGGUAACGGGGUUGGUGUUUGGGAGCAUCCCUGUCAUCUAUGACUGGGUCAGGUAUGAUCCUGCAGAGAUGUUGUGUACCGUUUUCUGGGAGAGCAGCUACUCGGACAUGAUGACCUACAUCCUCUGUGUUUUCUUCAUCUCCAUCUUCCUUCCUUUCCUCCUCAUGUUUAUCUGCUCUGUAAGGAUCGUUGUCAGCUGUCGCUCCAGCAACAGAUACAUCAGCGAUGAAGACGCAGAUUUGUCCGAGGUGAUCCCUCUGUUAGUGGCUUCUUACAUCAUCUGCUACACUCCCUUUUUUAUGUCUGAGCUGAUCUUGUUGGGUAGGAAGGACCUGGCUCCAGCCCCUGAUUGGUUGAGGACGCUGUCAUCUGUGAUGUCAUACCUGGACUGCUGCCUGAACCCGCUCAUCUACUUUUUCCAUCAGAGUUUUCGUGAGGCUGGUCUGGCCCUGUUGUGGACCAGAAAACCCAGGAAACCAGUGUUAGAGCCGGUCCUCACUGCCAUCACUAGAACUGACUUCAGCCUGGGAGGCAGAUCCUUUAUAAAUCAGGGAAAGAUACGUUGAACAAAACCAUAUUUUAUUAAAAAUGUACAUCUACAUCAAACAAAAAUAUCUUAGUGGUUGGAAGUGUAUUUAUUUCCUUUCCUUUUAUUAAAGGGAUAUUCAAAAUUCA